CGACAAGGAAAGUGAAAGGCCGAUAAAACAUGUCUUCGAAACUAGAGUUGUCAGUGUCACCUGAUCUUAGGAAAAAAUCACAGAUGUCAAAACAGCUGCAGUCAAGCCAAUGCAAACGAGUUUGCAUGCUGACAACUGUUUUGUCAAAUGGACUGUAUUGAUGUUCAGUCUAUUGUUUUUGUAUCAGAUAGAAAAGCCUACUGAUCACCAAAAAGUCUCAAAAUGGAGAAGAUAACAUUGCCUGGGUUUUCGCCAUACUAUGGACCAACAGCAGGAUUCUCAAGAGCAUUCCAAACCUUCAUUAAAGAUAUUGGAGAUGCCAAGUCUAAAUAUGAAGAAGACAGAAUUAUGUUAAGAGAAAUUAAUUACCUGAAGGAACAUCUGGAAAGACCAAAUAUUCAACAGAAACAAAUGAAAGAAAACUUAAUAAGAAUGAUCUACUGUGAAAUGCUGGGCCAUGAUGCAUCAUUUGGCUUUAUUCAUGCUGUUAACUAUACGCAAAAAGGAAACCUCAUGGACAAGAGGCUGGGGUACUUAGCCUGCUGUUUGCUUCUUCAUGAAAACCAUGAGCUGACGCUGCUUGUUAUGAACACAAUACAAAAAGAUUUAAAAAGCUCAAACAUCAUGGAAAACUGCAUCGCUUUGAUCGCAGCUUCCAGAUUGGUUAACAGUGAUAUGAUUCCAGCUCUUCUGCCUUUAGUUUUCAAGUUAUUGCAGCACAAAAGAGACAUUGUAAGGAAGAAGGCAGUCAUGACCUUGCUUUGGUUUUAUCGACUAGAUCCUCAAUCUUUAGACAGUUCUGUAUCUGUCUUUGAAUUAACCCUGUGCGAUCGCAGUCCUUCUGUUAUGGGUGCGACAUUAAACGUCUAUUUAGAACUCAUUAACGUCUCUCCGGCAAGUUACAAAAGAUUCACGCCAACAUUCGUUAAUAUUCUGAAGCAAGUAAUCGAAUAUCGACUGCCAAAUGAAUUUACGUAUUAUAAUGUGCCUGGUCCAUGGAUUCAGAUCAAAUUAUUGAAGAUUCUUGCAGCUCUUGGCCGGAACGACCAAAAGACAAGUGCUGACAUGUUUGAAAUAUUAAAGCAAUGUUUAGAAACAACGCAUACGGAUAACAAUAUAGGAUGUGCUGUUUUGUUUGAAUGUUUGCGUACUUCGGUGACCAUCAUUCCAAACAAAGCCUUAACUGAGCUUGCUUCUAGAAGAGUAGGCCUGCUACUUGUUUCCAGAAAUAACAACCUCAAAUAUCUUGGUAUUAACAUAUUGGCGGAUCUAAUCGACGUCGACCUCUCCUACGCUGCAAGGCAUCAAAUGGCCGUCAUUGAAUGCUUAAAUGAUCCUGAUCAAACUCUUAAAAGAAAGACCUUGUUGUUAUUGUACCGUAUGACAAACUCAAGUAACGUGACUGUUAUUUGUGACAAAAUGAUCGAUUAUCUUCGACACUCAGUUGAUGAAUACGUGCGGUCGGAUCUUGUGAAUAGAGUAACGGCCUUGGCAGAAAAGUUUGCCCCUGACAACGAAUGGUUCAUCGAAACAAUGAAUACAGUAUUUGAAUUGGGAGGCAGCCUUGUCAGACCACAGGUGGCCCAUAAUCUCAUGAUGUUAAUCGGUGAAGGGACAGAUGACGAUGACCUCGACAAUGAGCUUCGAUUGCAUGCCGUCAAUUCGUACCUCGAUCUGAUUGAUAAAGAUACUAUACCAGAUAUUUUGACGCAGGUCGUCUGCUGGGUCAUUGGAGAGUACUCUUACCUUGCAACACAUUGCGAUCCUGAAGAUGUUUUGGAGAAACUUUGCAAUUUGUUAAGAAGAAACUCGAGAGAUGGUUCGAUCAAUUCAUGGAUUGUUACUUCAAUUGCAAAGAUCUGCGCGCAAAUUGGAUUCCUUCCUGAUAAAACCAGAGAAGAGUUAGAAAAACAAUUAGCAUCAUCGAGCAAUUCGGAGACAAAGCAGCGUUGUGCGGAACUUUUCGGUUUAUUUGACAUAUUCCAAUCCCUAGAAGAUGUUUUGCCGCCAGAUGCAAGCUGCGAAGAUUUGGAGGUUGACUCUACUUUGUCGUUCUUGGACGAGUUUGUUGCCGAUGCACUUGCCCAAGGGGCUGCACCGUACAAGCCAGAGCACCUUCGCCAGAUACCAACGUCGAACAUCCUCACAGCUGAAAAACACGAGAAGGGGCUCAACUUGACUCCAUACCCAGAGUACAAGCCUCGUAAGGGGGCCUCAAGACACUCGUUCGAUCACCCGAUAGUCACAGAGAGUCAACCGUCUGGAAUUAAUUCUUCUGUUGGCGGAAUGAUUCUUCCAACUGACCUUUCUACCCCAGCUGUGUUGAAUAAACAAAAGGCAGCUAAAGUCGUUUGGGGACUAUCAGGCUACCUUGGUAACAAAGAUCGGGACAAUUCUGCUGACCAGAUGUCGGAUUCGUCUUCAACAAACUCAGGUGCCGACAGUGGUUCUUACGCAAGCAUAACCAAUCAACGUCAAGAGAAUCCGAGCACGGAAUCUACACCCAACCAGACAUUGACACAACAACCAUCGGAUAAUGUGAAAUUAGCCGAGCAGUUAUUUGCAUCAUCGCCUGGUCCUUCCGGUGAUCGAGUAAGGCCGGAUAAAGCAGGAUUUUCGGGCAGAAGGCGACUGGAUAAGCGCUCAAGAGAGUCCAAGCUGAUUGCAGGACCUAAACAAUCAAAUGAAUCAAAACAAAACCCAAUCAUGUUGUUAGAUUUAGAUGACACAAAUGCUGCAGAUUUAUGUGAACCCGAACAUAUCAAUGCCAGUGAAGCAAUCGAGAAAUGCGAAAGAGAUCUUCUCGAUUCUUUGUACGAAGAAAUUCCUCAAAUGACAUUAAAUGAAGAGGUAACUAUUGAAAGUAGAGGAUAUGAAAUGAUUGAAGAUUCUUCAAGCUUUCCUGAUGUAAGAGAAGCCUCUCUCAUCACACAAGAAGCAUCGAUCAGUUCGAAUGGCGACGAGUUGAUUCCUGUUCAGAUACCAGAUGAUGUCAUCUCCCAGACAGUGCAACCCACUGACUACAAUGUAAACCAGAGAAAUGAGGAUGAAGACCUCUUUGCGUCCAUAGAACCAUCAACUGUGAGUGCACCCGCGCAGAUACCAAUCCGCAGCACCCCUUCCUUGCCUGAAGAUUUAAAAGAUAAUCUUCAUUCUGAAAUUCAAGUAACAUGCGAAGAUUCCAAUCUGAAACUUUCACAACAAAAAGUAUUUUUACCAGAUUCGUUAAUUAUUGUGCUGUAUGUUAUGAACCAAAGGCCAACGGCUUUGAGAGACGUGUUAUUGUUUCUGCAACCACCUUCAAAUUUGUCGAUAACUAUAGAUGGAGCUCUUGAUACAACUUGUUCUGACGAAUUAAUUGAGAAUUACGAGCAUGCGAGACAUACUCUACGUUUUGUCUACGGCUCACCGUCUCUGCAUAUGGUCCUUGGUGGUCACUUGUCGUACAAAGAUGCCAGCAACACCCAAAAGCGACUGUUUCUGAACUUACCACUGACAAUCUUUGACUUUGUAAGACCCUUAAAAAUCGACACUCCAACAUAUGGCAGAAUGUGGGAAGGCACUGCGUAUGAGAAAAAGCAGCAGACAGAGACUGAAAGGAAGUUUACUAUUAGUGAGAUAUGUGAACAUGUUCAACAAAAAUUCAAUUUUCACGUUGUUGAGAUAAUUGGAAGUGAAGCAAUCACGGCCGGUAGGAUAAACAAAGAGCACUGUUUACUUCAUUUCAAAUACGCUCAUCCUGUCUUGGAUUUCCGACUCAAAACCGGGAGCAACCUUCUAAACGACUGUAUUUUAAAUGGAAUAAGUAAAUCGUUAUGAGUUGAGCGCCACUGAAAUUAUUGACACUUGUCGGUAGGAAUUUUAAUCAAACAGAAAAAUAUGAUUCUCAUUUUAUUUAGAGGCAGCGUAUCUAAGAAUCUGUAUUUGAUGUAGGCUGCUGCAAAAUUCGGAAAUUCUGCCAAAUUACGCUUUAAUAAAAGAUGCCUAUUAUUCAAUGCAUUUCCAAUACAGGGCAACAUUAACGAAAUACGUAGAUACUUUUUUGAUUAAGAAAACCCAUUUUUAUACGCAAAUAAGCAUUUUUUAGAAAGACGCACACAAAAGCAUUUGUGAAACAUUAUAUUUUCCAGCUUUUGUAUUACUGAUACACUAAUUAUGUUAAUCUUCAAUGUUUGUUCUGCUUCCCAUUGCUUUCUUCCCACUUUUUCAUUUUUGCUUUAAGACUUUAAGUAAUAUAGAAGAAGAAAACGUUUUUGUAACCUUUUUGCUUUAAGAAGAUAGCAAUUAUGUAACAAAAGUGCAUUGUUUCAGAUAAAUCUAUUUUUCAAUUGAUAAACAUUAGAUGAAAAUUAUUUUUUAAAUUUCUUUUAUAACAAUUAUAUAGACAAAAUCAGAGUUUCGUUACAACCCUUUUAGCAUUAGAUAAACAGGGCCUAGCACACAAUGCUGAUUUUAGUCGGCGAUACCUGUGAUCUUUAUCCGUUGAGCUUUUGAAUCGUCUUGGGAUUGGUAUUUUGGGUGACAUCGCAAAUAUUGCGUAGUAUUUGAUUUUGGACGGAUUCCUAAAAUAAAAAGUUGACAUUAAACAGAAUAGAGCCAAAAAGGACUUGACUUUAAAUAAAAUUAACAAAUAACAGAAU